AUGCUGUUGCAUUUUAGAUUUCCACUGCGACAGUUGCGCUGCUUUCACACGGAAUUGAGUCGAAUACCAUUGACCAACGACUUAUUUGAAUUGCAAUACCUAAGAUACCAAAAUGAUCGAAACUCCAGGAAAAUAAGCCUGAUGUGGGAUUAUGAAAGGGAUAUAUGGGCUAGAUUUGGCAGAAAGCCGAUUAUACGAAGAGCAGCAGAAACCUUAAAGGAAAUGCGUGCUAGAAAACCGACGGAUCUGUAUUAUAUAUCGAAAACUUUACCAUAUUUCAAAGAAAAUGUGCUGAGCCUCCUAUAUAGCCAGGGCUGUUCUAUGUCUGGUGGACCUGGGCUAGUCCAGGAUGAAAAUAUAGCCUUUUUGAGAACGGAAGGAGCUAUAGGUGCCUUUGCCAUUACCAGUCAAUUUUUAUCAAAAUAUUUGAAUGUAAGAACAAUGUGGAUUCCUGAUCUAUAUGACAGCACAACAAUAGAAGUAUUGCAAAAUAAUGGAUUGACCAGUAUCAAGAAAUAUCCGUAUUUGAGUGAAACAUCCGCUUUCAAUGUGGAUGUCGAAAAUUGGUUUAUGACAUUACAAAAGAAUCUGAACUCAAAAGAAAACAACCAAGUGCAGGCGAUUCUUCUCAAUGGUUGUGCCCAUAAACCAUCUGGUAUAAAUGCUUCUAAGGAGGACUGGAAGAAAGUGGCAGAGGUGGUAGCAAAGCUUAAACUCAUACCAAUCCUCGAUAUGUCACAACAUGGUAUGGAAUCAGGAAGUCUCCAAAAAGAUGCAUAUGCUCUCAGGGCAUUAUUAGAUGUUAUCAAGCAAGAUCCGGACGCUUUCCCAAAUGGGGUCUAUGUUUGUCAUUCGUUGAGUAGUUCCAUUGGCUUUGAUUCAGACAUUGUCGGUUCUUUAAGUGUUCCUUUACCCAGAAGUUGCACCAUCUCUGCAAAAGGAAAUAUCAAUGAGGUGUUACAAAAUUGUUUUGAUAGUAUGUAUAAUUUACCAGCCGCAGAAGAGUUUUAUCUGGCAAAUUUGAUACUAUCACGCUCCAACCUGAAGUACAAGUGGUAUAAAGAAUUAGAAUGUCUGAUGAUAUCUUUGAAUUCUGUGAGGAAACAACUGUCCUCAGCUUUACAAGACAAGGCCAAAUUCAAUUUUGCUAAGCAUUGCGGGCUUUUUUAUAAUACCCGUCUAGAUCAAGAUCAAAUUGAGAGACUUAGACGCGAGUAUUCAGUUUAUUUGCAUCCUUCUGGCAGAAUGUCAUUGGCACCAUUUACAGACUCAAAUAUAGGUUUUAUAUGUCGCGCGCUCAAUAGCGUGAAAUAG